AGUUAAUCAAAUCGCACUUCAUCCUAAUCCAUUAUCCAGUUAAUCCAAUUAACCAAUUCAAUCCUCUUCAACUCGAAACUCAAAAUGAAAGUUAUCAUCUUAUUGUCAGCCUUUUUCGCUCUUGCCUCCGCCGCUGGUUUACCCGCUAACGUUGGCUACAGUCUUCCCGGUGGAUAUGGAUACUCUGUUGCUCCAGCUUACUCUGGCUACUCUGGUUAUCCACUCACCACCCUCGGUGGAUUAGGUUAUGCAGGAUACUCUGGUUAUGGAGGAUACUAUGGAUACGCUCCCGGUUACGGCUAUGGUUCCGGCUUAGGUUAUGGAUACAACUAUGGUUACCCUGGAUCAUACUCACGAUAUGGAGCUCCAGCUUACGGUUACGCCGCUGCCUCUCCAGCAAUCUCAUACAAAGCUGCUGCUCCAGCUGUUUCCUAUGCUACCCGAGCUGUUGCCGCUGAUGUUGCCCCAGCUGUUGCCACCCAAGGUGUAAGCUAUGCAACUGAAAUCUCCCACGAUGCUCCAGCUGUUACCCAAUACUCAGCUAAAGCACUUCCAGCCACCAUUGCUGCUAUCCCAGCUCAAACUGUUUCCUAUGCUUCACCAGCUCCAGUUGCCUACACCACAGCUAAAGCUGUUCCCUUCACCUAUGCCACCAAAGCUGCUCCAGCUGUUGCCUACACCGCAGCUGCCCCAGCAUACUCAUACACCACUGCUCCAGCCUACUCAUACGCCGCUGCCCCAGCUUACUCAUAUGCUGCCGCUCCAGCUUACGGUUACAGAUCAGCUCCCGCUUUCGCAUACGGUGCCUCAUACGCCGCUGCUCCCGCCGUCAGAUAUACCAAUGCCCCAGCUUACACCAGUGGUCUCGUCAGCGGAUGGUCAGGUCUCUCUGCAUGGAAAAAAUAAAUUACUGACCAAUCAAAUUGAUCAAAUUUUUUUUUCUCGCUAAUUGUUACAACCAUUUACUUUUUUUACCACUCAACCAAAACCCACCCCGCUCUCCAAUUACACCUUCCCAAUUGCAUUCUAAUUGUUGACUAAAUUUUUGUUUCUCUUCUACUUCAGAAUCUUAAUUAAAGUUUAGAAAAAUGAAUUAA